AUGCCGGGAGAAGAUCCAGAUCUGCCUCCAACUCCUCAGCGAACCCAGGAUGACGAGCCACCUCGGACGCUGCGGGGCGUUGGCCGAGUUGGAAGCUAUCGCCCCGCAGAUCAGGCAUCUGUGACAUUUGGAGAUGCCACGACAAUCCCCGAGGGACACGCUGGCACAGCAGAACUGGACCCUGGGAAGUGGGCUGCCCUACUCUGGCAAACACCAUGGACGGUGGCGAUGCAGGGCCGCUUCUAA